AUGAGGGCCUUCUUAGUUUCUUUGUUAUUCGUCUCCGCUAUCGCCGGUGAUGCGACGGAGAAGAAGCAAAUCAAACGUGGUCUUCUACACGAAGGAACAUCGAUACACGGACACGGCGGCUACAUCCACCAUGGUGGCGUAUUGCACGGACACGGAUAUGGGAAUGGAUAUGGGCAUGGAUAUGGGCAUGGAUAUGGACAUGGAUAUGGGCAUGGAUAUGGGCAUGGUCACGGGUAUGGAUAUGGGCAUGGACAUGGAUACGGACACGGACACGGAUACAUACACGGACACGGAUACGGAAACGGGUACGGACACGGACACGGAUACGGAAACGGGUACGGACUAGGAUACGGAAAUGGGUACGGAAACGGAUACGGAUUUGGACAUGGAUACGGAAACGGAUACGGAUAUGGGCCCGAAAUUCUCCACGGAGGAAUUGGUUCUGGAAUCGGGAUCAUAGGAGGACCGCACGGUCACGGAAUCUACGCACCAGGUUUCGGCGCGGGACACGGACCCAUACACGUUCACAAAACCAUUGUGAACCGUGUGGUACCAGUUCCAGUUCCCGUACCUCAGCCCGUCCCCGUCACUCGCAAGGUCCCCGUGCCGGUGCCGCAUCCCGUACCUGUCGAAGUAAAGCGCCCCGUUCCGGUCCCGGUGCCCCAACCGAUCCCGGUUGUCAUCAGCAAGCCCUACCCCGUUGACGUACCUCGCCCGGUUCCAGUGCCGGUACCUCACACCGUGCACGUACCGCAUCCAGUCCCAGUUCCACAUCCGGUCCCGGUACCCGUACACCACAAUUCGUAUCCUAUCCAACCAACCGGUUCCCAUCUGAUACAACCAAUCGCUCCCAUCGGGAUUGGAGCGGCCGAAGCGGGAGCUGGCGCGAUAUAUGAAGGCGAGCACGGUGCUGGUCUUGCCAUUUCCGGUGGCAUUUCCGGUGGCAUUUCCGUAAGCGGUGGUGACGGCCUCGGCCCCAUAGGCUCGGGACUCCACCUGGACGUGGAUGCCGGCAGCGACGGAUAUUCUUAUCCGGUACCGGCGAAGAAAUUCUUUUAA